AUGGACCCAAGAGCAGAAAAAAUUGCUAAGGCUCGAAGAAAGUUAAAAGAUCACCAAGAGAAAAAGUCAAAUCAAGAUCCUAUAAAUGUUCAAUAUGAAAAAAGAGAUGGGGUAAAAGCUGAUUCUGUUAUAGAGGAUGCUCACAAACUGAAAAAAUCUGAAUUAGAUGAUAAAAAUAUUGUUACUAAGUUUGAUACAAUAAGUAAAGAGACAGACAGAUGGGCUGAUGGCAAUGUAAAUGAAUAUUAUAUAUUUAAUCAGAACUCACUUGAACAAGAAAUAAAACUUUUACAUCAAACUUUAUCAGAUUUAGAGGUCAAGUAUGCUGAUGAAAAAGCUAACCAUAACAAAGCUAAACAAACAAUAGGUUGCUUAGAGUCUGAAAUAAGUAAUCUUCAGAAUAAAUUGUUUAUUCUAAACCAAGAUUUAAAUAAAAAGAACUUAGUAAUAAGUGAGUUUACAAAUAACAGUGCUAUACAACAAAAUGAAAACAUUAAUUUGUCAGAGCAGUUGGAAUUAACUAAAAGCAUUUUGAAAUCCAAAGAAGCAGAGAAUGCACAUCUCCACAGUCAAGUCAAUUUAUAUUUAAAUCAAUUGGAAGUGGCUCAGUUACAAAUACAACAAUUAUCCAGUGAUAAUUCAGUUAAUAUUAAAAGUGACAAUAGAAAAGAGGAAGUUCAGCAAUUAAAUCUGAAAAUUGAUAGUUUAACAAAAAAAAUUACAAGUCUUCAGCAAGAAAAAGAUAACAUAGCAUUACACUAUCAACAUUACAUGAAUGAUUUGAGGGAACAACUUAAUGUUUGUACAUUAAAAAAUGAAGAGCUUUCAAGAGAAGUUGACAUUUUGUCAGACCGUGAAACUGGCCUCAUUGAGCAGAUUGGAAACUUGGAGAUUCGUAUGCAGAAGUUUAACAAAAAAGAUUUUGAAAUAGACACACAAAUCGAUACCAGUGAAAUACAACAAACAGUUGUAAAAUUACAGGAAAAUUUAGCUGAAAGUAGGAGACAACAGGAAGAACUACAAGAAAAAUAUAACAACAGUAUUUGUAAGAUAAUAGAAUUAGAAGAAAUAAAAAAGUUCCAUCCAGAUCAAGAUUCAAUUAGUAUAACAAAAUUAACAGCUGAUAUGACGAGCGAUAAACUAGCAGCACAAAGAGCUACAGAGCAAAAUUUUAAACUGAAGACAGACAUUGAGGAGCUCGAACAAGUUGUUAUUAAAUUGACUAAAGAUAAGCUGGAAUUAACAGAGAUGUUAACACAUGAAAAAAACUUAACCAAAGAACUGACUUUAAAAGUGGCAGAUUUUCAAGAGAACAUGGUAAAACUGCAAAACAAUCUUAAAGCAAAAGAUGAAGAAAUGAUACGACUGCAAAGUGAAUUUCGAGAGAUUGCUAAGAGCUAUAACAAUACUAUAGAUUUUAAUGUUAAGCAGUCUUCAAACAAUGAAAUAAACAAUAUCAGUGAAAUUGAAUUGCCAGAACCUCAAGAAACCAACAAUAAUGAUUCAACAGAUUCAAACAUAUUAGAAACAAAUAAUGAAGAAAACACAAAUGACAAACCCUUAGAAAACCAUUGUGGGAUUGCUAAAGAAGAUGCUAUGGUAAAAUUGCAGGAGCGCUUCAUGCGUAUAAUGGAUGAAGUUGCUAAUCUGUCAGAUGAAAAACAUAGACUGGAACAUAUUAUACUUCAACUACAAAAUGAAACAGAUACAAUUUGUGAGUAUGUAGCAUUGUACCAGCAACAACGUAGCUUGUUGAAAAAGAGAGAUGAAGAAAGAACACAUCAACUUAAAACUUUUGAAAAAGAAUGCCAUGAACUAAGGACUCUAUUAGAGGAUCUAAGAGAACUUCUGUUUAGAUUAGCAGAAGAUAAAGAAAUAUCAACAUAUCUGAAAACUGAAUCCAGAAUUAUUGACAUGACAAAGAUAAAAAAAUUAUUAGAAGAAUUACGUAACAGUUCUUUAUUAACUAAACAAUUUAAGAGUACAGAUUACAAUACUUUCUAUCCAUGUAGCUGUUGCUCUGGCAAACUUAUAGAGGUCUAA